GGGGUGUCGAAAUAUGUUGAUCAGUUCUUUGAAUGAUUAUAAAGCAGGUCCAGGCAAUCGGCCACGCCUCUACUCCGAUAUUUAAACUACUAUAAAAGUAGACUUCAGAAAGGAUAACGCACAGUCACAUUCACAUCUCACAAACAUGGCUUUCAAAUUUUUGGCAUUUGCCGCUUUUGUCUCAGUCGCUCGUGCAGGAGUCAUUGGAGAAGCUUACUCCUCACCACUCGCCUACGCUGCACCAGCAGUAGCUAAAGUAGCCUACUCACCAGCCCCAGCAGUCUCAUACUCCAGUAUCUCAGCACCCGUAGCAUACGCCGCAGCACCAGCUAUUGCCAAGAUAGCUGCUCCAGCUGUAUCAUAUGCCGCUCCAGCUGUAUCAUACGGCGCUCCAGCUCUUUCAUACGCCGCACCAGUCGCUAAAGUAGCCUACUCAUCAGCCCCAGCAGUCUCAUACUCCAGUGUAUCUGCACCAGUAGCCUACGCCGCUGCCCCAGCCAUCGCCAAAGUAGCUGCUCCAGUAUCAUACGCCGCUCCAGCUCUCUCAUAUGCCGCACCAGUCGCUAAAGUAGCUUACUCAUCAGCCCCAGCUGUCUCUUACUCCAGUGUAUCCGCACCAGUAGCCUACGGCGCUGCCCCAGCUUACGCCAAAGUAGCUGCUCCAGUAUCGUACGCAGCCCCAGCUGUUUCCUACGCCGCUCCAGCUCUCUCCUAUGCCGCCCCAGCCCUUAAAGUAGCUGCCCCAGUAGCUUACGCCACUCCCGUUGCCAAAGCAGUUUACGCCGAACCAUCAGCACCAGCUCACUACGAUUUUGGAUAUGCCGUAAGCGACCCCCAUACCGGAGACAGCAAAAGCCAACAAGAAUCCCGUCGUGGUGAUGUUGUCCAAGGCAGCUACUCCCUCAUCGAUUCCGAUGGUACAAAACGCACCGUUGACUACACCGCUGACCCACACAAUGGUUUCAAUGCUGUCGUACACAGGGAACCCCUUGGUGUCGCUGUCAAAGCUGUAGCUGCUCCAGUUGCCUACUCUGCACCACUUGCCUAUGCAGCUCCAGCAGUAGCUAAGGUAGCCUACUCAGCCGCUCCAGCUGUAUCAUACUCAAGUGUGUCAUCACCUGUAGCUUACGCCGCACCAGCUGUUGCUAAAUUUGCUGCACCUGUGUCUUAUGCUGCACCAGCUUUAUCCUACGCCGCACCAGUCGCUAAAGUAGCCUACUCAUCAGCCCCAGCUGUCUCAUACUCCAGUGUAUCCGCACCAGUAGCCUACGCCGCUGCCCCAGCCAUCGCCAAAAUAGCUGCUCCAGUGUCAUAUGCAGCCCCAGCUGUUUCCUACGCUACUCCAGCUCUCUCUUACGCCACUCCAGCCCUUAAAGUAGCUGCCCCAGUAGCUUAUGCCGCCCCCGUUGCUAAAGCAGUUUACGCAGAACCAUCAGCACCAGCUAACUAUGAUUUUGGAUAUGCUGUAAGUGAUCCCCAUACAGGAGACAGCAAAAGCCAACAAGAAUCUCGUCACGGUGAUGUUGUACAUGGAAGCUAUUCCCUUAUUGAAGCCGAUGGCAGCAAACGUACCGUAGAAUACACCGCUGAUGAACACAAUGGCUUCAAUGCAGUUGUACACAAGGAGCCAGCCGCAGUUGCCGUUAAAGCAGUAGCACCAGUUGUAGCCAAAAUUGCCGCCCCAAUCGCAUACGCUCAACCAGCACUCAAAGUAGCAGCUCCACUUGCCUAUGCUCAUUCUGCUCCCCUAGGAUAUGCUGCACCCUCAUACUAUCACUAAUUUAAUUUGUAAGAAAACCAUUUUGUAAAUAUUUAUUUAUUAGAUAAUACAAUUUUUGCCAUAAAAAUAAAGAUCCGUUUUAUUAUA